GUGAUUUUUUAGCUCUGCAUAUUAACUUCUAGUUAAUUAAAUUUUUCAGAAUUUUACAGGUCAAAAAUUGACAAACAUUUUGAACACCUAACAUUAUUUGAUAACACAGUUAGUUCAUUCGACGCACACACUCAGCUGAUACCAAGGUCACAGGCUGAGUAUAAGUCUCCAAUCAAAAUUGAGCGAGGCUUACUAGUGAGUUCAACUUUCUAUCGAGUUGUGCGCAUAGUUUCGGCUAAAGUGCACACAUAGACACACAUACAGUUAAUCAAAAUAACCAUUUCUCUGGCCAUUUACUGUGAUUUGUUAUUAUUUUCAUUAUGCCAGUAUCUGAUGUUAAUCAAACUGCCGUCAGCCUGACAAACUUAGAAAUCAAAGAUAUCACGAGUUUACAGUUAAACUUGCCACAGAGUGUAACCACACUUACAAGAUCGACAAAGAAUUCCACAAUGUCUGCAUCAACAAACGUUCUAGGAAAACAAGGAAAUCAAAAUGCCGCCGCACUUUCUGCUGAAGAAGCAAUUGUUAAUCUACUUGAACGUACAAAAUAUACUUAUGUACAAGAGAAUGGUCAACGACGUUAUGGACCUCCUCCUAACUGGAAAAAUGAAGCUCCUCCAAGAGGCUGCGAAGUAUUUAUCGGAAAAAUUCCUAGAGACUGUUUUGAAGAUGAACUUAUACCCGUAUUCGAGAAGAUUGGACCAAUUUACAUGUUUCGACUAAUGAUGGAAUUUAACGGAACGAAUAGAGGAUUUGGAUUCUGUGUGUACACAAACAGGGAAGAUACAAAACGUGCAGUUCAAGAAUUGAAUAAUUAUGAAAUCCGUAAAGGCAAAACCAUUGGGGUGUGUCUGAGUGUGGAUAACUGUCGUCUUUUUGUCGGGGGUAUACCCAAGAAUAAAACAAGAGAAGAGAUUCUAUCAGAAAUGAAAAGAGUAACAGAAGGUGUUAAGGAUGUUAUAUCAUAUCCAAGCGUAACUGAUAAAACGAAAAAUCGUGGAUUUGCAUUUAUUGAAUAUGGAAGUCAUAAAGCUGCGGCAAUGGCAAGAAGAAAGUUGCUUCCAGGACACAUUCAUUUAUGGGGUCAGCAAAUAGCUGUUGACUGGGCAGAACCAGAACGAGAAGUUAAUGAAGAUAUAAUGUCAAAAGUAAAAAUUCUAUACGUUCGUAAUUUAAUGUUAUCAACAACUGAAGAGAGUCUUCGUGAUUCAUUUAUCAGAGCUGCUGGUGGUGAUGCUAACAGUGUUGAAAGAGUGAAAAAGAUUAGCGAUUACGCCUUCAUCCAUUUCAGGGAACGUGAACAAGCUGCACAAUGUUUACUUGCUCUAAAUGAUACGUAUAUCGAUGGUUCAAAGAUAGAAGUUACAUGGGCAAAACCUGUCGAUAAAAAUGAAGUAAAUGCACGUCAACCACCUUCUCGAACCUCUGGAAAAUUAAUGAACGAAUUGGUUUUGACAAAAGAUCAGAAUAUCGCCGCCGCCGCAGCAGCAGCUGUUGUUGCAGCUGGAGGUAUUUUGCCUCAAUUGGAGUCGGCUACACAAUUCUUUCUACCAACUGCUGGACAAUGCACCCAAAUGGCUACUGACCUUUUGUCGAUAAAUCCCAACUCUAUCACCUCUGAACGAACAGAUAUCAAUCUUGGAAGUCCUAGCGGUAUGAAAAUGAACUGUACAAGAACUGGUCGAAGAAAUGCAGCUGGUAGUCGAAGCGCUGGAGCACAAAAGGAUCGUAAACAUCCAGUAGAAGCUAAACAUCAAUGUCUUCUAUCAGAUCAUUUCAAAUUACAGCAACGUCAGUUGAAUCCAUUGGUCUCUUUAGAGAUUCUAAAUGACUUAUGUCGCCGAGAUGGUUUUGGUUCUCCGAUAUACAAUGCAAUUCCAAUUGAUUUCAUUGACCCAACGACAGGAAAUAAGGUGCAACUAUAUGUUGGACAGGUUUAUAUUCCUCAUCUACAAUUUCGUUGUCAUACAACUCGUUUUUAUGCAACUCCUGCUGAAGCGAAACUUGGUGCUUCUGAAGUAGCUAUUCAAAGCCUUCCGUUCAAUCUGUUGGGUUUAAAUGAAGCACUUGCAGCAAGUUAUGCCCUGCCUAUCAAUCCGAGUGUAAUACACUCAAAUACAACAUUUGUGCCAAUGCAAUUGUCAAACAAUUUGCCUAAUACAUCCACUCCACUUAACCUAUUACAAUCUCAAACAAAUAUUCUACAGUUAUCUGGUACUUCAAAUUUUCCAAUAAAUAACAGUGGACUGUCAGCAAUGACUGGUAGUUUGACGAAUAAUCAUAAUAACAAUGUUCACCUACCAAGUGAAUGUUCUGCUGGAGCAUUAAUGACAAAUGGAUUUGACUACUCUUCACAGCUUAUAGCGGCUAGCUCGCUAGGAAAUACCGGAAUUAUUAAUACAGCAUUCGGUAAUCAACCAGCCUAUUAUUUUGACCCGAAUUCCAUUACAGCUACGGCUGCUGCAGCUAUGCUGAUAGGAGCGAAUGGAUUAGGUUCUACGACAGCAGCAAUACCACAGAUUAUUGGAUUACAACAGUCUCUAACUAACUAUGGUGGUAAUGAAUUAGGACAAAACUGUUCUUCUUCUUCUGCUAUUGGACAGUCAUUGAACUCUGUGCCACAACCAAGUGGCUUAUACACUCUAGGAUUACAGAUGACUGGUAUUUCAGCAGCCAUGCCAUUACAGUCACAAUCUACUGUAAAUUCAACUUCACAAACAAACUCUAUUAUGAAUUUAUUAAAUCAGUCAUAUGGAAAUCCAGUUUCGGUGCUGAAUGGAAGUUUACCCACUACACAGACUAAUAGUGGACAAAAUUCACAUACCUCACAGUCGAGUUCAGUUUAAGGCGAAGGGGAAAAUAAAACAAACAAAGAAUCAAACACCUUUCAAUAGGUUCUACGGUUUUGUUAGUUCAUUUAUUUGAGUCUACAAACUCUUUCUUUUUUCUUAAUAAUAUUAUCAUUUUCCUUUUUCUUUCUUAUUUGUUAUCUUGUCUUUAAGUUGAAAUGCUUUCCUGCCUUAGUGUCAUAUGAGUUGUAUAGUAAUACCAAACUUCUUUCAUUGUCUUCACUUCUUUCCUCUCUAUAAACUAGAAUUACUUAGCAGUAUACAUCAGGUGUAUAAAACAGUUGAAGUAUUCACACACAAUUCUUUUUAGUUAACAAUUACACCUAUGUAUUUUGCUGCAAUCCCUUAUCUUUUUUCUUUACACUAUUCUAGGUAUUUACUAGCUUAACUCUUUCGUUCUCCGACUUUCUUUACCGUACCCUUGUUCCUCUCAAUUGAUCUGUACUAGUUGAGUAAACAUUAUAACAUUGAAAAGUGUCAAGGCGCGAAUAUAACUUGUUUAUGAAGUAUUCAUGAAUUUAAGAUGAUAUGCAUAUAUAAUGUUACUUCUUCAAUUUACAGCCAUCAUAUAAAAGUGUUUAAAGAACACAAAUAAUAUACCAAUCAUUCUCCAUCAUAGAAAAUACUUGUUAAACAAAACAGAGGCAACUAUGGAAAUAUACCAUAAAUGUUUAUACACCAACGUUCUUUCAUUCAUCUUGCUUGCAUACUUCAGUGGAGUUUUAUCUUUCACGCCUAUAAACAACUUAUAUUUUCUGACAUUUUUUUCUCUCUCAUCUGUUCAUUUUUUUCUCAAAUAUUCUUUAUUGUUGUCGUCGUUAGCAUCCUCCUCAUUGGAAGCAUUAUUACUACAAGUGAUAUUAUCUUCAUUUCACCGAUCACAUCAAUAUCAUCAUGAUGAAUAACCAUCACAACAACGCAUACGAACCCCCUCAAGAGUCUAACGAGGUGACACACACACACACACACACUGUUAUCUCUCUUUGCUGCUAUUGUUUUUCUUUUCUUUUGUCUUUUAUCUUAAAGGUAGUUCUAUGCCCUAGUAAACACGGUGCAUCUAUAAGGGUAUCACUUUUUUCUGAGUUAAAUAUUCUUUAUAUAUAUAUAUAUAUUUCAUAAUAUUUUUUUUAUAACUUACUGUGUUGACGUUUAUAAACAUAACUUUUAUUCUAGAAUAUCUUUUUCUAGGGUAUAUAGACAUAUUCGUAUUACUUCUCACAGUUUAUCCUGUCGCUGUUAUCUUAUCAUAUCAGUGGCCACCUUAAAGAGUCCAUGGAAUUAUUGUUAACACAGUGAUAGUGUUACUUCAUUCUUAUCUGAAAGCUACUCUAAUUUAUUUUUAAAACUGCAACAACUUAAAACCAAGUAGAAGAUAUGGAAACACAAAAGGAGGAAUAUGGAUAAAUAUGUGUAAAAAUCAAAAGAAAUUUAAUAUUCUUCUUUUAUAGGUUACAUUAAUGAUAUUUUCUUAAAUUACAAUCAUAGCAGGAUAUAACUAGAAGUGAACAUAAACAAGUUGAAAACACUAAAAUUAUCCUAAUCAAUUGUGUACAAGUCAAAUGCAUUUUAAGCUGAACAAAACAAUCUGUUUAACAUGAAUACCUGUUACUAAGUCAACUUUCUUUCUAAAUAAAAUAAUGGUGAUGAUGAUGACAACCAUGGUUAGCUGAAUACAUGUACUGUCUGUAAAGUAAUAAAGUAGUAUCAAAUAUAUUCUUUCAAUUAUAUAUUUUUAAACAUCAUAAAGUAUGUGAAAUUAUAUAAUAUACCUACUACCUGUUCGACUAUUACUCAUUCACGCACUCACUAGUCUACUUAAAUUUUCUUCAUACUGUAUGUCGAAGUAAACUUGACGAAAUAAAACUCCUUGUAUUUCUUGUAUUUAUUUUUCCAUAUUCUUUAUUAUAAACUGACCAUAUAUGGACAUAUAUAACCGUAUAUUACAUGUACUGUUCGUUAAUGUUAUUGUUAAUGUUUUCUUUACACUUACAGUUAUUGGAUCAAUUAACACUUGAAGUGAUUGAUUUCAAUUUCUGAUGAAUGUUUGUGGUUGUUUUGUCUUAUUUUUUCACUUGUUUUUUUUUCCAGUUUUGUUAAUGGAAUAAAUUAUAAUAUACAUUUUUUAAAGCAGUUUUAAAGAAAAG